CAGGUUAUUUGAGAUCUGCAGACGUGGAAGUCGCUAACAAUGAAUGUAUCGCAGGAGCAAACAGCCUCACACAACUUACCUCAGAUUCUUCAAAAGAAGAAAACGUUCACUGCGACAAACAUGUAUCAGCGAACCUUUCGACUGGAUAUCAGUGCACCCACUCAAAUUGUGCUUGCCAUUGGGACGGAACUUAAGGUUAUGCUAGACAGAUGUGCUCCACCACAAUCCAAGUCCUUCUCAAUAAGAUGCACCCCAAACGUGCAUUACAAGAUCACACCUCCAAUCGUGGACAAAAACGCCCUCCCGUACGCCCUCGGCCCAAACACCAUCCUCCUCAUCACCAUGGACACAGUCAGUGAAACUGCAUUUGACAGCAAGUUGUCUGUGAGAUACUACGGUGAGAAAAUGGAGACACUUGGGGAUGCUGUACUGCAUCUAACAGCUGUUGAGAUAUCUCUGGAUGUAGAUGCCGACAGAGAUGGCGUUGUUGAGAAAAACAAUCCAAACAAGGCCUCAUGGAAAUGGGGUCCUAAUGGGCACGGUGCAGUUCUGCUGGUCAACUGUGACUCUGAGUCCAUAUACAACAAGAAACCGGACAAUGAGAACAGUGACAUUGGUAAAGUCUCAGAUCUGAAGGACAUGUCCAAGAUGGUGUUGCGCACUAAUGGGCCAUCUCAACUCCCUGAAGGCUAUAAACUGAGCAUGCACAUCUCACAGAGCACUUCAGAGAGCGUCAGAGUCUUUAGACCUCGCACAAACACAAAAACAGAAAACCUGUGGAAGUACCAACUCCUGAAGCUGUUCCUGAAGGAUUUCUUGAUGGUGGUGGGUACAGACACGCUCACGCAGGAAGUGCCAUAUUUGGGAGGCAGCAGUGAACUGGAGUUCCAUGUAGAAGGUCUUCGUUUCCCUGAUAAAGAUUUUGAUGGACUCGUCACCAUCAACCUCAGUCUGCUCGAGCCCUGUGGGAAGGGUUUCCCAGAGACGCCCAUCUUUACAGAUAAAGUGGUUUUUCGUGUUUCUCCGUGGAUCAUGACCCCAAAUACCCUCAAGCCUGUGGAGGUUUAUGUGUGCAGCACUGAGGAUAACUACUCGUUCUUGAAGAGCAUAAGAAAUCUGGUGGAGAAGAGCGGCUACAAACUCAAAAUAUGUCAUGAGUACAUGAACCGAGGUGAUCGCUGGAUGCAGGAUGAGCUUGAGUUUGGUUACAUUGACUCCCCUCAUCAUCGUUUCCCUGUUGUCCUGGAUUCUCCUCGUGAUGGAGAUCUUCGGGAUUUUCCCUAUGAUGCCCUUCUGGGGCCAGACUUUGGGUAUGUAACGCGAGAUGCAUUGAAUGAGGAGGUGAGCAGUCUGGACUCUUUCGGUAAUCUGGAGGUCAGUCCACCGGUCACAGUGAAUGGCAAAAACUACCCACUCGGCAGGAUCAUCAUUGGGGUGGCGUUCCCUACAGCAAGGAAAGGCCGCAACAUGACUAAAGUUGUCCAGGACUUCCUGUGGGCACAGAAGGUUCAAGAGCCAAUAGCGCUUUACUCUGAUUGGCUGGUUGUGGGUCAUGUGGACGAGUUCAUGAGCUUUGUUCCAGCCCCUGACAGAAAGAAAUUCCGAUUGCUGCUGGCUAGUCCUGACGCUGGAUACAAAGUUUUCAAAAGCCUACAAAAUAACGGCCUUGGAAAAGCAGAAAUGUUUCCAGGUAAGGAGGAGGCCAUCUCUGUAAAUGACCUCCUGAGCGACAAAAAGCUGCAGGCUGAGAACAGAUACGUGCAGAACUGUAUCGACUGGAACAGGGACGUGCUGAAGAAAGAGCUGGGUCUGGAUGAUGAGGACAUCAUUGACUUGCCCAUCCUCUUUAAAGUGAUAGCAGUGGAGGAUUCCGUUCCCAGGGCUGUGGCGUAUUACCCUGACAUGUGAACCAUGAUCGUGUUGGGUGAUCAGCUGGGAAUCCCAAAGCCGUUCGGGCCACAGGUGAAGGGUGUGUGUGCACUGGAAAAAGAAAUGUGUUCUCUUCUGGAGCCUCUGGGCCUCAAAUUGUACCUUAUCGAUGAUUUCGCCCCGUAUCACAAACUGCUGGGUGAAGUUCACUGCGGGUCCAAUGUUCUCCGAGAAACCUUUCUGUUCAGAUGGUGGAACCUCGAGCUGUGAGGGACAACCAGACCUUUCAAAGUGCCUAUCACAAUUAAAGCAGGAUUAAUAGCUUAAUGGAUGUCUAAACUAACAAUAAUAAAUAAACUCAGAGCAAAAACACUAUGAUAAUUGAUGGAGGAAUGGAAAGUCUUGUCAUUAACUCACCCUCAUGUUGUUCAAGCCGCUCUCUGGUGUCAAAGAAAGUAUGAAGUUCAAAGAAGUAUGUUGUUCUAUAUAUAUUUUUCACCCUCACAUUGAUAUUUAAGAGCCAUGGAUUUUCUGAAAAAUCACAUAUCUUUGUAAGGGGAUGACUGUGAGCAAAUUACAACUCUAAAUUCUUCUAGCUUUUCUGUCAACCUUGUUUGUAUGACUUUCUUUUUCUAUUCAUUUCUAGUGCAGCUUUAAUUGGAUUUAAAUUAAGGGCUCACAAUUAUGGAUUAGAAUUUAAAAUAUGGUUAUAAAUCUAUAAUGUUUAAAUGUAUGGUUUUUCAUAACUAUGAACAACGAAUGUUUACUUUUGUGUUGCUUUAAUACUACUAAUGACUGAACUUACUGCCAUGGAUCACAAUAUUCCACCAAAAAAGAAACAAAUACAGCAAUACAUGAAUACCGGAAUAAACAAACAUUUCACGAA